GAGAGAAAUCUACACAGAAAGACAGGGCGAAACCGGCAAGAGACAGAGACCCGAUGAGAGAAACACAGAAGUGAGGAGAGAUAUUCAUUCAGUCACCCAGCAGACACUAAUUGGGCUCUGGCUGUAUUCCGGCACUGGCCCUGAAUAGACUCAAAUCCCCACCCUGGUGGGGCUGACAUUCUGCCGAGAAUACAGCCCAGAAACACGGUACAUAAGUAAAUUACAUUGUCCGGAGAGGUAAGAGUGAAGAGACCGAGUGAGGGAACGCCGGAGCAAGGGGGCGGGACCCAACAGACCUUCCUUAUCUGAAGAGGGGAAAGUUCCCACGGAUCCUGACUGCGUCGGCAGCUUCCCCAAACACCCGCAGCCGGGGUCUUGGGGCGCGCAGCCCAUGGAGUCGGGGCUGCUGAGGCCUGCGCCGGUGAGCGAAGUCAUCGUCCUCCAUUACAACUACACUGGCAAGCUCCGCGGGGCGCGUUACCAGCCUGGCGCCGGCCUGCGCGCCGACGCCAUGGUGUGCCUGGCGGUAUGCGCAUUCAUCGUGCUGGAGAAUUUAGCCGUGCUGUUCGUGCUCGGGCGCCACCCGCGCUUCCACGCGCCGAUGUUCCUGCUCCUGGGCAGCCUGACGCUGUCGGAUCUACUGGCUGGUGCUGCCUACGCCGCCAACAUCCUGCUAUCCGGGCCGCUCACGCUGCGACUGUCGCCUGCGCUCUGGUUCGCCCGUGAAGGAGGCGUCUUCGUGGCGCUCUCCGCGUCAGUGCUAAGCCUCUUUGCCAUAGCGUUCGAGCGUCGCCUCACUAUGGCGCGCAGGGGCCCGGCCGCCGCUAGUCGAGGGCGCACGCUGGCGCUGGCGGCUGCCGCCUGGGGAGUGUCCCUGCUCCUCGGGCUGCUGCCGGCGCUCGGUUGGAAUUGCCUGGGUCAUCUGGACACCUGCUCCACUGUCUUGCCGCUCUACGCCAAAGCCUACGUGCUCUUCUGUGUGCUCGCCUUCGUGGGUAUCCUGGCUGCCAUCUGCGCACUCUAUGCGCUAAUCUACUGCCAGGUGCGCGCCAACGCUCCGCGCCUGCGGGAACGGCCUGGGACUGGCAGGAGCCCCUGCACCAGGAAACGCCGCACGCCGCGCGCGCUGGCACUGCUGCGCACGCUCAGCGUCGUACUCCUAGCUUUUGUGGCGUGUUGGGGCCCUCUCUUCGUGCUGCUGUUGCUCGACGUGGCGUGCCCCGCACGCGCUUGUCCUGUGCUCCUGCAAGCCGACCCCUUCCUGGGCUUGGCCAUGGCCAACUCGCUCCUGAACCCCAUCAUCUACACGCUCACCAACAGCGACCUGCGCCACGCGCUCCUGCGCCUUGUCUGUUGCGGCCGCCACCCCUACGGCCAAGGCCCUAGUCGCUCCCAGCCGUCUGGCAGCUCGGUGGGGGCUUCCGGAGGCCUGCGCUGUUGCCUGCCACCGGGUCUGGACCGCAGCUCCGAGCGCUCGUCGCCUCAGCGUGAGGAGCUGGACACCAGCGGCUCAACAGGCAGCCCAAGUGUACCCAAGGCUGCUCAGACCCUGGUACCCCAACCAGUCGUAGACUGAUGCCCUCCCCCCGGCCAUUGUCUUCCCCAAGAGCUGUUUUGCAGACCCUUUCUGUUUAUGUAAAAGAAUUUGUAGGAAAUGCAGCUGAAGCUGGGGGAGGAAUGCAGCCAAAGAUGGUAGAGUCUGGAAAAGACGCAGGGGGGCGGGAUACACUAUGUAUUUAUGGACGCUAAACCCCACAACGGUGAACAGACAGCCCCAAGUCCUUGCUUUUGUGGAAUUGACAUUCAAGUGGGGAAACAGACUAUAAUGGAGUGAUAAAAUAAAGGAGAUACUUUCAGAGACAAUGCAGAGAUGUUGAUGGGGGUCGAAGAAGGCCUCUCUGCAAAAGUGGUAACAUGAUGUGAACAGAGACUUCCAUGUCCUGGGAACACAUAAAGGAAGACUAUUUCAGGAUGAGGGCAUGGCAAGUACAAAGGCUCUGAGGCUUGGUGUGCUCAUCUGUUCUGGGAAGGCAAGAAUCCCAGUGUGGCUGCAGCAGCUAUGGGAGUGGGAGAUGACAAAAGAAGGAAGCUGAAGAGGCAGAUAGUUCAGGGCCUGUGGGCCACAGGGAGAACUUUGGUUUUGCUCUGAGUGAGAUGAGAGCCAUGGAGGGCUCUAAGCAGAGGAGCACCAUGCUCUAAUUUAGGUGUUCUGAAGAAAAGGGUGGAAGCCAGAGCAGGUGAAGGAGACUGCAACUCAGGAGACUGAACCUCAGCAAUGAUGAUGACUCUGAUGGCUCAGAUCAGAUGUGUGCUCUGAAUAGAUUCUAGAGGCAGCAGACAGAAUUGCCGAGGAACUGGGUGUAACAGUGAGAGAAAGUUGUCAAGGAAAACACCAAUGGGAGAGCACCCUAAAAUUUAACUCUGGGAUACUCAGCCAAAUCCUAUCUGACAAUAAAAUUUCUUUGAGUGCCAUGUCAGAGCCUUCAUAAAAAUUAAAAAUAUAAUAAAAUAACAAGAGCAAUGAUAAUUUCUCAUGGUUGGCUAAUUCCCUCCACAGUACUAGGACACAUGUAUUUCCAGCCUUAUUACAGUGUUGCAAAGUAGAUUUCUUCAGCCCCCAUUUGACAGAUGAGUAAACUCAAAAUAAUGAAUACCAGGGUCCCAUGUCAGGGGCAGGCUUCAGGCGCAUAGGCCUCAGGAAACACCAGCAUCUGGCCCCUCUGGAUAAUUCUUAGGGAGACCAGGCAAAUAUUCCCUGGAGAAGGGGUCUGCAUUCUUGGCUGGGGGCAAUACCAGGACAUAGUCUGUGCCCAUAAAAGGCUCCAGGUGCAUUGGCCUCAGCCCCCAGCAUGUCCCCAGGUGCAUUCCAGACCCCUGCUCCAAGGGUUGGAGGGGGACAUCUAGUGUAGGGUUCAGUCUGUGGUGUGUCACCUUCCCGGAGACCUCAGAACUGUGGAACUGCAAGCAUCCACGAAGACACUGGUGUUUUGGGGACCGCUGACCCAGCCUGGAAACCUAAGUCUCUGCAGACCAAGCUCAGUUUGCCUCUGCAGGCCACAGGUACGAGAAACCAAUCUAACUCCAGGAAUACAGACAUGCAAGCUUGGGGUCACCAUCCCAAGUUGCU